AUCCAGGUGUAUCGACCAGACAAGCGUCGAGCUGACAGGUGGCUAGUUUUCGGUGUUCCUAAUAAGUUCGCACGGUGCAUUAUACAGGCGAAACAAUUACCUCCGCAUCCCAACAAUUAGUUAAAAUGAAUGGAAGAUACCUGUUCAUUUUAGCGAUCCUGCUCAUCGUGGCUGUCACGUAUUCCCACUCAUAUAAUGUCGAAAGGUAUCCCCUGCUCAUGCCAAACGUCAGGCCCACCACUCCCGAACUGUAUCUGUGCACUCCGAUCAAAAUAGAUUCAACAAAGGAUUAUUAUAUCGUUGGAUUUGAACCUAACGCUACUAUGGCUACUGCCCAUCAUAUGUUACUUUACGGGUGCUCGCAACCAGGCAGUAGCAAACCUGUCUGGAACUGUGGCGAAAUGGCUCAUGCUAUGGAUACUGACUCUGAAACUGCAAGUCCGUGCAGUGAAGGAUCCCAGAUACUUUAUGCAUGGGCCAGAGAUGCUCCAAAGUUGAUUCUACCGGAUGACGUGGGAUUCAAAGUUGGCGGUACUUCGACAAUCAAGUAUUUAGUAUUGCAAGUACAUUACUCGCACAUUGAUGAGUUCAAAGAUGGGAGUACUGAUGACUCUGGAAUAUUUUUACAUUACACUCUUAAACCACACAAGAAAUUGGCUGGUGUUUUACUGUUGGGAACAUCUGGGAUAAUACCUCCAAAAAGUACAGAGUACAUGGAAACAGCGUGCUCUUUGCAGGAGGAAAAAACUAUUUAUCCAAUCGCGUAUAGAACUCACACGCAUAGUCUCGGUAGAGUAGUCUCGGGUUAUGUAAUUAAACCUGAAAAUGAGUGGGUAGAAUUGGGAAAAAGAGAUCCCUUGAGUCCUCAGAUGUUUUACCCAGUUCAUAACAAAAUACCAAUUACACGUGGUGAUACAUUAGCAGCCAGAUGCACGAUGGAAAGUAAUCGUACUACUUGGACGCACAUUGGUGCUACUAACGCAGAUGAAAUGUGCAAUUUUUACCUCAUGUACUACGUUAAGGAAGAUGAACCUUUAGAAAUGAAGUAUUGCUUUACCAGCGGCCCACCGACUUAUUAUUGGCAAAAUGUUGGUUUGAUUGGCAUCCCCGAGCGAGAGGCCUCGACCUUAUAAUAUCUGAGAAAAAUUGAAUCGGGAUUCAGGAAUAAUGGAAAACUGCUGUGGUUCCUUAACGCUUAAUUAUGAAGUAUUAUUGAUGCAUUCUUGGAUAUCAUUUUCAAGAUAUACGUACUACUUACAGGUACUUAAUUGAUUACGUAUUACAAAUUAAAAGAGAAGACAAAAAUUAAUAUAGAAAAUAUGACGACGAUAUUUAUUU